AUGCACCACGCUCUAUUUCUCCCUGAGAUUACAUCUAAUAUCUUCGAGUUCCUAAAUCCGUUUCUAUCGGGACCCGAAGGCUCUCAUCAGCCCAAUCCACUUCGUCUGCAGGAUCUCGCAGCCGUUGCGACAACGUGUCAUGCGUUGAGCGGUCCAGCACUCGAUGUGCUAUGGGAUACUUUAGUAUGCUUCGGACCAUUGCUGAUGUGCAUGCCACCGUCCGUCAUUGAAGUUCGCGUUCGUGUUGUUGAGGAGGUCGAUGAUGAUUUCGACUAUUCAUUCCAGGAACGAAGGAUCCGCUUGACCCGAGAUCCUUUGCUCUCGGAUGUGUUACGAAUGCUUCCUUACGGUCGACGGAUCAAGAGUAUACGUUCGCCUAGAGCCAAAUGUCGAUGGCCUCUCCCCGAUAAUUUUGUGAUCUCCAGUCAUAUCAUCAAUUGGCUUUUUUGGGUCUACCCUAUAGAGCUUUUUCUACCCCGUCUCACUCACAUGCUCUGUCCCGACAGUAUCAUGAAGUAUAAGAAUGAGGAUAUUUCAUGGGCGCCGUUAUCUCGGAGUAACCUUGCGAGUCUCGAAUUUUAUCUCGCACUCGACAUCCUUGUGGAAAGCUGGUUCUCAUUAUCCACUCUUGUUGAUGCUCUUCCUCAGCUCAGGAGGAUGGUAUUUCGAGUCUAUGUUUGGGAACGCUAUAUGCACGUGCUCUACUCUGGGGUAAUCGCUCCUCUUUGUUUGUUCCGCAACUUAGAGCACCUAGAUCUCACGGUCGGCGGAAAGGUUCCCGAGGGUCUUGGCCCCGCUGGCCUCGAGAUCGUGCUCCCUCGUUUACGGAAACUGAAAUUGACAAGCAAUACCAAUUUUGCUGUUGGUUUCUUGAUAGCGAUACAGUCGACAAUGCUCCACACACUUGACUUGGUCAUAAAGGAGCACAUCCCAUUAACUAGGGAUCAGCAUGAGCAUUUGGACCAUCCAAGUCAUCGACUUUUUUCCUCCUUGCGAUGUCUAACGAUCUCAAGUGAUUUCUAUCUCAUGGUGUCACUCAUAAAAGCUAUUCAUACGAGUGUGCUGGAUAGCAUUUCCUUGACCAUCGCUCCCUCACGUGGCGAAAAGAUGGCGCAAACGCUUAUCUCCCUGAUCACGUCGAAGAGAGGAUGGGACUCGUCCCUGAGGACUAUUAUCAUGGACCGACAAGCGCCCCGCCGAUUUAUCGAUGACGGGCCCCGGGACCUUCGUCCCACUCACCCAUACUUCCUUUCCAUAGAAGACCUGCUUGUCUUCUCCCACUUGCAAUUCAUGAUACUGCAUGACUUCGCGAUGUCACUGAACAAUACUCUAUGCAAGAAACUUGCGACCGGGUGGCCAGACCUGGUGGAAUUUUAUUGUAUACCUGCUCUCACAUCGAUUGAUGUGCCUGGCAGUCUGAUCAUAAUCAUACCGGCUCUUCAGCCACCUCCUGUCGCGGCUACUGUAGAUCUCGGCAGUCUGGUUACCUUUGCCAGGCAUUGCCCACAAUUAUCGCAUCUUCACCUUGGUAUCCCGUCGGAUACGGCAGAGUUGCCAGUACUUGACGAUGAAACACUUGCCAUUCUUUCCUCGCGCCCCACGCGUUCCGCCUGCAUGCGGUUAUCGGUGGACGCGGAUCCAUCUCCCGCCAAUCCAAAAGAAGUGGCGACAUUUCUCGCGGAGGUGUUUCCUGGCAGAGAAAUUAAGAUCGUGCUUGCCGAAUCCUUCUGCCGGCAGAAACUACGUGAAUCUUUCAAUGGGUGGCAUGAAGUUGUGGAAUGGCUCAGGAGGUCACAGCCAAGCAUUCUCGAAUUCGGCCCUUGCUAUCGCGGAACUGAGGAAUUUGGACCUUCACCUUUCGUAGCCAUGUAA